AUGUCCCUCUGCUUCUCCAAGGGUCUGGGUGCCCCAGCCGGCGCGGUGCUGGCAGGGCACAGGGAGUUCAUCAGCGAGGCCUGGCGCGUGCGGAAGCUGCUGGAGGUGACACUGCACAGGGACCAUGACAACGCCCGGCGCUUUGCAGAAGGCAUCCAUGCGCUGGAUGUGCCCCUUUGCUCCGUCAACCUGGCAGCAGUGGAGACCAACAUUGUGAUGGUAAGUGUCCAGGAGCCCUGGCCAUCCCCUGCCGAGCUCUGUGACCGCCUGCGUGCCGUCAGCGAGGAGGAGGUGGCUGAGACUGGGCAGGCUGUCAGUGUCCUGCUGCUCCCCUGGUCAGCACACACUGUGCGUGCUGUCUGGCACCGCGAUGUCUCGGCCCGUGACACUGAGCUUGCAAGGAGCAAGCUGGAGUUUGUGGCCAGGAAGUGCCAGGAGGAGUUGGCUCUGGGGCUGCUCCCGACUUCUCCGGGUACCAGGGGAGCCUGA